AAGCAUCUGUGCUCUUUCUCGUAUACCCUCCAAUCGGUAUUCUACCUAAAAGUCCGGCGAACAAAAGUCCGGUAAAAAAAGACCCGCGAAAAAAAGUCCGAUGUAAUAAAAGUCCGGCUAACAAAAGUCCAGUUUAUUUAUUAUCAGUUUAGUUUAUCGUUUGUAGGCGACUUUAUUAAGUUGGGUCACCUAAUACUAUUAUCUUUCAGUAUUAGCCAUUAUAGGAAUAUAAUCUUUAUUACCUAUAUGUUAUAGAUGAUCGCUUUAAAUGAAAAGUCACACAUUAUCUUUACUUAUUUUUCAUUUAAAAUUGAAUUACCCUGGAUAAAUGCUCAGUCGAUGUUUUGUAUCGUAAACGCUGUAACCGUACAUUUUGUGAAAUCAUUAAUAAUAAAUCAUUAUACAUUUUUUAAAUCCAAAUCUUGUGAAAAUGAGUGAAAUAUUUAAAUUAAAAACAAAAGGUGAUAAUAUAAAUAAAAUAGUAUUCGGGGGAUACUCGAACACAAUACAACAUAAACAAAGAAAUAAUUUACGAUAGAAAUGUAGCAUGAAAAUGAAAUGCGAGUAUGAUGCAGUGUUAUGUACAUCAAACGACAUUUCUAAUCCUAAAUUAAUAAAACAACACAAUCAUGCAAGCGAUAAGAAUAUAUCGGAAGUAGAACAGUUCAAAUGCAACAUAAAAAAUCAUGCUAAAUUAUCAUACGAUAAACCAAGUCAGAUUUUUGCCGAGGCGGUUAGUGGUCUUCCGGAUGAAAUUUUAAUGAAUAUACCUAAUAAAAAUUCUGUUAAGCGUGUUAUUCAAAAGCAACGUAGCAAUUUAAAUCCUCCCAAACCUACCUACUUGCUUAGAAGAUUAAAAAAUUGAAGGCGAUUGGUCAUUAUAUGAAGAAAAACAAUUUUUAUUAUCCGACAACAUGGAUUUAAACCACUAAAGAGUUAUCAUUUUCGCUAUGGAUGAAGGACUUCGUAUUUUAGCAGAGGCAAGUACUUGGUAUUGUGACGGAAAUUUUAAUCUCAGUCUUAAGCAUUUUAUGCAAUUAUACGUUAUAAGAGUCCCAAAAAAUGAUUUUUUUAUUACUGCUGUAUAUUGUUUGUUAGAACGUAAGACAACUUCAAAUUAUGAAACAAUGUUUAAAAUAAUUAUUGAAAAAUGUGAAGAGCAAAAUUUGUUUCCUGACCCCAGGUUUCUGCAUAUAGAUUUCGAAAAAGCAGUAAUUACAGCGGCUUCUAAUAUUUUUGGUUCGGAAUUAGAAAUUAGAGGGUGCUUUUAUUAUAUAUGCCAGAGUACAUUUCGCAAAAUCCAGGAUUUAGGUUUACAAAACAUUUAUAUGAAUGAUGACAAAUUUAGUCAUUUUUGUUCGAUGAUUGAUAGUUUGGCAUUCUUACCCCUUGAACGGGUGCACGAAGGAAUGGAUUUUUUAAAACAAACAAGCAUUUCUGAAGCGCAUGAUUUGUUGAGUUACUUUGACACCACAUAUGUUAAUGGUUCAUAUAGGAGAGUUGGUGCUGGUAUGAACAUAAAAUUAAGAAAAACUAAUCCUUUAUUCCUACCAAAAACAUGGAAUGUCUUUGAAGCCACAUUAAAUAGUGAAAACAGAACUAACAAUAUAUGUGAAGCAUGGAACAACCGCUUCACACACUUGGUAGGUCAUAGUCAUCCAACAAUAUGGGUGCUAAUUAAAAAAAUCAAGUUAGACUUUGGAGCCGAUAGGACAAAAAUAGCAUUAAGCAGUACAGGACAAACCAUGAAAAAAUCAAAAAUGAAUCAAAAAAACAUCAGGCUUGAAACAUUAUGCAAGCGAAUUCAUAACUCCGAGCUAAGUGUUGAAGAGUUUUUAUCUCAAGUGGGACAUAAUAUUAGGACACGGCCAAGGUUAUAAACCUGAUUUGCCUAAAAAAUAACCCCAUAUGCAAUUUUACCAAGAAAUUUAUUUACAUUUUUUUUUAUUUAUAUGUAUAUAUUAUUGACCGUAAUUGAAAAUAUUGACUAUUAGAGUUUAUAAAAUAUUCAUAUACACGUAUUUAUUAGAAUAUACAUUUUAGUUUUGAAUAUUAUACAAUUAUUAUUAUUUAAAAUCUUACAAAAUCGCAUAUGGGGUUAUUUUUUCGGGGGUUAUUUUUUCGCGAUACCAGGUUAAGGAUAUAGAUUUUUCAUUCUGAAUUCAAAUGUAAUAAUUGUAUUAUAAAUUAUUGCUAUUAUUUUUAAUAACAUCAAUGUUUUCUUGUACGACAUGAAAUUUUAUUUUUAUUUAAAAGUAACAAUCAAUCUGACCAAAAAAUUAUAAUGUCAUAUUUUAUGUAAUAUUUUAAUUUUUAUUGUA